AUGAACUUGGAUCUUACCAAUGAGGAAGGGUGGGAGCGCGCGGACAUUGGAGAGGAUCAGGUUUGGAGGUUAUGGCUUCUGUAUGUGCCGUUAAAAAACAAAAUUACCAUCUUGCUCCUCAUGCGCAAGUCGAAUAGCAACAAAACUCAACCCAUUGUGCUGAUCGCAUCGGGGAGAGUGGCGUCGGAGAUGGGUGCAGAAUGUUCAAUAGCUAUGCGAUCGACGAUGAGUACGUCAACCGACUUCCAUCGAAUGCACUUCUUCGAAAUUCUGCACCAUCCUUUCGCGCAUAUCGUCCAAAAACAUCCUGAACGAAACCGACAGGAACAUCGCAUGCCUGGUGGCGGCACAAGCAAAAUGUCUGUCACCACCACCAAGCUUCACAAGCGCGCGAAGAGUGUGAGCGAGACUGGGAAGGGUCAUAGCUCGACGGCGUUCCAUAGGGUUGCAGAGGUGCUCGAGGUUAUCCCAUUUACCAAAGUGCAUGCUCACCUCAGAUAUGAUUGCGCAAAACUGAAGAUGCGGGACUUGGUCGAGAAAGACGAUCAUGAGCGUGGGUUGAUGGGGUUGGCAGCACGAGGGUACCCGUUAGAAUGGGGAUGGGAUGGGAUGAUGAGUGUGCGAAAGGGGUUUUCGAGACCUCUGCUGUUCUUGGAGUUGCACAACCUCCGUCUCUGCAAUGUUCUCCCCAUUUCUGGCAUUGUCAGUUAUAUUUCCUUCCGAAUCCUCGCACUUGCAUCCGGCCUCAUUAUCGUUGUCGUGCAUCUCACUCGAAUGCGCCUCCCAGACGAAUAUGAGUAUGUACACAACGUUACUCCUCCGGUCUUCCACCUCUGCACCUUUGACGCCCGUGCACCAACCACAACUGAUCCCGGCGCGAGCACAUUCCAAGUCAUAUUAAUACUUUCGUAA